AUGGAGUCUUCGUCAUUAUAUCGAUGGCGCGAGGAAGAGCGGGCACGGGGCUCGAGGCUGGUGCAGCGGCAGAUCGCGCUGCGCCGAGAGGAGCUCCGUCUGGCCUUGGUGGAGGAAUGGCGGCAAAGGCUUCUGCGCCCUACCGCCGGCCUCGCAACCGUCGAGGCGAUCCGGCCAGUACUCGACGACUGGCUCGGGAGAAGGCACGGAUCCCUGUCGUUUAGGGUGACACAGGUGCUGUCGGGGCACGGUUGCUUCGGCAAGUACCUGUGCCGCAUAGACAGGGAGCCGGACGCUCGGUGCCACCACUGCGUCCACUGCGGGGAGGACACGGCGCAACACACGCUCGCCGAGUGUGUAGCUUGGGAGGAGCAGCGCCGUGUCCUCACAAAUGAAGUAGGAAGCGAUCUGUCGCUGCCGGCCGUAGUGCGGAGGAUGGUCGGCAGCGCAGAGUCGUGGGACGCGGUGGUGUCCUUCUGCGAGGACGUGAUGUCGCAGAAGGAAACUGCAGAACGGGAGAGGGAGAUCUCGACUCCCUUUCCCGGCCGCAGAAGGCGCACCGGGCGCAGAACAAGGGCGGACAAUGCCCUUUUCCGCCCCCCAUGAAUGGGUCCAGGGGCGAGGGACUUGGGAAAGCCCUCGCCCCCUAUUCGAUGGACCUGAGACGGAGGCGCAUGCGGGUGUCGGCGCGUGCCUCUGAGGCGAUGCACGGAGUAGCUGAACGCCUCACUACUCCGUGCAGGAGACGAGGCCUGGAUAGACCGGGCCAGCACUGGUGUGGGGCUGCGGAAGAAUUUUGGAUUCCCGCGGCCCUGCGCGCACGUGUGGGUGGACACCGGGGUGGUUUUAGCCGGUAGGAGUCCGGCACGCCCCUUCGCUUUUCCCUAGGCGAAGGUAGUCCAUGAGGAUUUCC